GAGCUGGAGGCCAUCAAGGCCCGGGUGCGGGAGAUGGAGGAAGAGGCGGAAAAACAAGAGCUGCAGAACGAAGUGGAGAAACAGAUGAACAAGCCCCCCCCGGGCAACGCCGGCCCGGUCAUCAUGUCCCUGGAGGAGAAGAUGGAAGCGGACGCUCGCUCCAUCUACGUGGGCAACGUGGACUAUGGGGCCACGGCGGAGGAGCUGGAGGCCCAUUUCCACGGCUGCGGCUCCGUCAACCGCGUCACCAUCCUCUGCGACAAGUACAGCGGCCACCCCAAGGGGUUCGCCUACAUCGAGUUCUCCGACAAGGAGUCGGUGCGGACGUCGAUGGCGCUUGACGAGUCCCUUUUCCGCGGGCGGCAAAUAAGGUGGGGUGAUCCCAAACGAACCAACCGGCCCGGCAUCAGCACGACAGACCGGGGUUUCCCCCGUAGCCGUUACCGGGGCCGCGGCGGCGGCUACAGCGCGACCCGCGCCCGCUUCUACAGCGGCUACAGCCGGCCCCGCGGGCGGGCGUACAGGGGCCGGGCCAGAGCCACCUCAUGGUACUCCCCCUAUUAGGGGGGACAAUUUUUGGGGGGAAAGAGGGGGGGGGGGAAAAAAACGGGGGACACAACAUAACACACCCCCCCCCCCCCAAAAUCCGCCGCCGUCGGACGCCGCCGCCGCCAUGUUUUCGGGGGGGUGGGGGGUGGGGCCUGGCCCCUCCCCCUCUCGCCCCUCCCCCCACCCCCUUCUUUUUACCCCCUCCCCACCCCCCCCCCCCACCCACCCAACCCCCCCCCCCCAAGGAUUUGAGUGUCUUUAUCGUUGCAGGUGGCGGAGCCGGAGGGGACGGGACGUCGCCGG